AGUUUAAGGAACCUAAGUGCACACACGAAAAAAAAAAUAUAUCUCUCCAAGGAUACAAAGAGAACCAGUGUUAACAAAGUGUUAUAGGAAGCAAUUUUGAAUGUGCUAUAAAAGUGGCAAUUAAUUUUCAUCGCAGGCAGACACACAUUACAAAGCCUGAGUGCUGAUGACGAUCGAGCUUGAUCAACCCUCGCUGUGGCAUUCGUCAAGGAUCGUGAAGUGUGGUUAAAUUUCCAGCCAGACAGUUCUGUCACAAGGACCUUCGAAACUGUCCGUCUGUGCUUCUGUGUGUGUGUAUGUGCACCAAUAAAAGCCCAACCGAACAGCAGCAUCAACAACGGCAAGAAGCGGAAAACCCCGACUCACAAUUGAAAAGCCGCAAAACCGCUGCGGUCGAAGUUUUCCUUGUGUUGAUUUUCUUAGUACCAGAAGAGCGAGAGAGAGAGAGAGAGAGAAAGAGAAAAAAAACCAGCGGUGCAACCUCGAGUCAAAUUUUCGGCAGUUACCGGCGACUAGUGUGUCGUGACGACCUUUGUGCAUGUGAGUGUUUGUGUGUGUGUGUGCGUGUGCAUCCGCGAGUUUGUGUGCUUGUCAGCAAGUGUGCUCGGUGUGUGCUCGGUGCAUAUGUGUAGGUUCGUUUCGAAACAGCGGAGUUCUAGAUGGGCCAACGACUGGUGUGUUUGUGUGUGUUUGAGUGUGUGCGUGCGUGUGCUUUCCCGUCUCUACUUCCGCAAGGGGUAAUUUUGUUGUGUAAGGCUUCGGUGUAGUGAAUUUUUCGCCGUUUGGUUCAGUAUCGGAAGCCGAAAAAGUUCAUCACAACAGAAAGCGUCAAGGUCCACGAGCUGUGCGAAAGGACGAUUCCCCAAUCGAAGAGCCGGGACGAGUAAAGUUGAAGUUCUUUAGAAAAGCGUGAAAAUAUUAUGUUUCGCUGUUCCCGCAAGAUCACGAACAAAAUAGCAUGAAAACACCGUUCUGACCCGUUAACGAUCGCGUGUGUGUUAAAGUGAAGCGAGUGAAACAUAUUCUAAGUAAAAACGUACUUAGAACGAAAGGAUACGAGCAAGAGCAUCCGGAAGAAAUCGAUACGGCUACCAGUGGAUGCCCGUCCUCGGGUGUGUGUAAGCGAGAAGGCGAAACCGAUUCCGCUCACGAAAAAGUUUUGAAAGUUUUCAACUCAACAGCAGCAUCAACGACGGCUGGUGUGAGUGUGUGGAACAUAUUUGUGUGCAAGUUAGAGCGCAAGAGAGAACGAGUGAGCGAUAGAAGCCGCUAGGAUUGCAGUUUUUCGAGCAUUGCCGAUGUGCAGCUAGUGAAAGAGUGGAGUUUUUCGGCGUGGUGUGCUGUCCUCGCGAGACCGGAGUGGUUUCUUUUCCUAGUGGAAAGUGUUUUGUGCUUUUUGUGUGUGCCUGCUGCGUGGAAGGUUCCAUUUCCGGAUGGAGUCAUUUAUGUGUGCGGUUUAGUGUUUGUUAGAGGCCAGAAGGUUGACCGUUGAGUGAAACGUCGGUAGACGAAGAAGAGUGACAACCGUUUUGAGACGGAAGAUACGGCUGACAGGACGGGGGUAACGAACUGUGGCGCUCUAGCACAGGACCAACCGGGGACCAAGUUGGACGUCCGAUCGAAUGCAGAACACAUAUGCACGGUAGUUGCAGGCGCGUUGUUUCGGUUUCAUUAACCGUAUGAAAAAGAUGUCAUAAUAUGGGUUACUCGUGCGAAAGUGCGCAUCUACAGUAUCGACCAGUACGAUCGGACCGCAACCAGCGAAGUUGGUCAACCGAGCCACUGCAGCUGGACACCAGACCGACCACCGGUGACAUCCGUCAACCACUAACCACAACCGCAACCAACCACAGCAACCGCUCACGGCCCUGCCCCUUCCAGCCACCUUCCUCCACCACGCUCCACCCUUCCCGGGUGCCGACGACGACGGCCGACAUCACCGCAAGGAUCUCACCGCCGGAAAGUUUCUCCAGCAACCGGUGCGCAACAGAGCCGGCCCCGGAAAGGACGCUGGCCACGCUUAAGAAACGGCGACGAAGUCUAACCCCCACCGAUCCUGCGCCGCUCGCCACCAUUCCACACCGGUGGCCGACCGGCUCCUUCAGCCUGCUGCGCCCGUCGGCCGUGUUCGACGGGUACUCGACGAUCGUGCUCGAAAAGCUGUCCCGCUUCAUCAGCCGCCAUGUAGCAGUGACCGGUGGUCGCACCCACCACCAUGCCACCGUUCCACUCGCUCCCUUCGCUUCCCCACCCGCAUCCUCGUCCACAAGCGCUACCAGUCCAAUGACGCGCGCCACACCGUCCAACAGCAGCAGCAGCAGCAACAGCAGUCCGGCGACCGGAGCAGCAACCCGAAGGCACGAUGACGAACCCUGCCGCAGCGAGGUGCGAACUGUUGACGCGCAACGCCACGCGGAUCCAGCGCAAUUCCAGGCCCGCGGUACGCAGCGGGACGGAGCGGGAACGGUCGGUGGCCGGCCCGCCGCCAGUACCAGUCACCAUCUUGUAAGACAUUCACUUUGUUUAUACGCAGCCUCUAGUGUACUACUAGCGUUAUGUUAUCUAACGAUACCAACAGUUGCCUCAGACACAGCACACCCCAUAAGAGGAAGAGUUCGAUUCGCCGAAGGAAAGUCGGAUAAGGAAAUUUUAGAUCAUCUGUUAAAAAACUCCCGUUACGAUAAGCGUUUGCUACCACCAGUGGACGAUGCGGAUUUUUGCUGUGGCAUGCACACGCCGGAAAUGGCUAAACACAUACCGGAUAUGCGUGUUCCAGGACGACCCCAGAAUCGUGGUACAUUGACUGUGAACGUUAGCGUUUUACUAUUAAGCUUAGCGUCACCCGACGAAUCUAGUUUGAAAUACGAGGUGGAAUUUCUGCUGCAGCAGCAGUGGUUCGAUCCGCGGCUCCGGUACGCCAACCAGUCCCAGUACGAGUAUCUGAACGCGAUACACCACCACGAGGAUAUCUGGUUACCGGAUACGUACUUCAUCAUGCACGGCGACUUUAAGGAUCCGAUCAUACCGAUGCACUUUGCGCUCCGGAUAUACCGCAAUGGAACUAUUAAUUAUCUAAUGAGGAGGCAUCUCAUACUGUCCUGCCAGGGACGGUUAAACAUAUUCCCGUUCGAUGAUCCGCUGUGUUCCUUUGCGCUAGAAAGCAUAUCGUACGAACAGUCGGCAAUAACGUACGUGUGGAAGAACGAUGAGGAUACGCUCCGGAAGAGUCCUUCGCUGACGACACUGAAUGCGUACUUGAUACAGAACCAAACCAUUGCCUGCCCCAUCAAAGCGAGCUGGAGAGCCGAAGGACAAACGUUGUCGGUAGAAGACGAAGAGUUUCUUUGUAAUUUAUGUCAGAGACGAUUUGAGGAGCAAGGAAAUUACAGUUGUCUGAAGGUGGAUUUAAUAUUUACAAGAGAUCGAGCGUUCUAUUUCACGACCGUCUUUAUACCGGGCAUCAUACUGGUGACCUCAUCGUUCAUCACCUUCUGGCUCGAAUGGAACGCCGUCCCAGCCCGCUCGAUGAUAGGUGUAACGACCAUGUUGAAUUUUUUCACCACCUCAAACGGUUUCCGCAGUACGCUGCCGGUCGUGUCGAACCUGACGGCGAUGAACGUGUGGGACGGCGUGUGCAUGUGCUUCAUCUACGCCUCGCUGCUGGAGUUCGUCUGCGUCAACUAUGUCGGCCGGAAGCGACCGUUGCACAACGUUGUAUAUAGACCUGGAGAGAAUCCAGUUACUCAGCGUCUUCCAGCUGUCCUAAGCAGGAUCGGAAUAAUUCUCGCUAGUCCCCUGGAAACAAUUGACCGCGAGUUUCACACCGCCAUUGCCGCGGAGAAGACAACUCCCGGCACAGCCGCUGCCGGCACGGCCUCCGCUGCUACCGCCGCAACCGCCGGUCGCCUUGCGCCUACGCAACCGCAUCGCAAUGUACAGCCAGCCACACCCGCCGCAACAACCGCAGCCGCUUCUGGCCCGGCCGGUCAGCGACCGGCCCAAGCCACGGUGCUGCUGUGCGAGGAAGGACUUUCCAACGCACCGGAUGGGACGGAUGCGCCCGAGCCCGGUCUAACCCGCCGACGUCCCACGGUCGAGACGAAGCUUAACGAGGCUGGCCUGAUGGAAACGAGCUUUGGUGUCAAGAAGCGGGAAUCCGGCGGACCGAACGAGAUCGUCGCGUGUACCAGUUGUGCGGGCGGCACGAGCCCCUGCACACACUCGGCGAACAAUGGCUGUGCAACAGAGACGUGCUUCGUGCAAGUGCGCAAAAAGGAACCGCCGCAUCCGAUACGCGUCGCGAAAACGAUCGACGUGAUCGCGCGCAUCACCUUCCCGUCGGCGUACGCGGUGUUUUUGAUAUUUUUCUUCAUCCACUACAAAGGAUUCUCCUAGAAUACGAUCCAGAAGUCACUCAUCCACAAGAUCUACACCAACAACCUGCUGUAACGGAGGGUGUCCCGACGGCGGCGGUGGGCACGCGGCGUCCAGUGCCGCGCGAGUUGUUGUUGGCACGCAGAGUAUGUGCGAUGGUGAUGAAGGAUCCGACUGUACGGUAUCGGUACCAGUUGACGACCUUAAAGCAACACAUGAAAACCACAUAAAAUCACACCUGCUAGAGAACAUCGCUCCCACCUGGGGUGAGCGAGCCUGCAACGCUAUCCAGCUACCGAGCAACCACUACUAGCACGCCGAUGUUCCGAUGUGAGGAAACGCGGCCGAUGUUCCUAAAACCAUAACUCGGAUGCUUCGGAUGCCACAUCAACACGUUCACCAAAACCGACACUCAUCUCGUGCGCUUUUUUCACCUCGCAGGGGACAAAGUCCUCGGCACACGGGCUCGGUAAGCUUCAAAAGCAUCGCACAUCAUUUAAAUCACCCCAAACUCUGAAGGCCCCACGAUCAACUGCAAGCGGCUGAAUCAAACCAAACGGAUACUGCCUUUUUUCAUAAAUUCGAGCUGCACACCGGAUGCAGCAAGCCGAUUCGAUUGAUUUGUGAUACGAGCGAAAAGCUGUCUGUGCGGCAUACGUACAACUCAUACGGAAAUCCUCCAUCGCAACCAUCAUCCUUGGGCAAGGAUUAGAAGUUGAGUGGAAUGGCUUACGAUUUCUCCCAAUUCAACGAUGAAUAGCGCUGGAAGAUAAUUGUCCGUUUGGAGCGAAACGCGACUGGCGCCCAGCCAGUUUAAUCUUACACAAGCACAAAUGCGAUAGCGGACGGAAGUACGGGCGAAAUAGCUCAGCUGGAUGUAGACAGUUCCGAUGCAAAAAAAAACAAGGCCAUCUUUAAACUAAAUCAUCUAUUUCUCUAAACAGAAAAGCGGAGAGAGAGAGCAAGCUAUCAACGUAACGAAUUAAAUGCCAAUAGCAAUAUUCAUCACGAGAAAAGCUAACAGGAGAAAAAAAAACAUCCUCAAACACACACACAUUAAAUACACACCGUAUGCAAUCUCACUGUAAUAAGUAGGGUAAUUUAAAUAAUUAUCAACAAUGGGCGCAAUAUUUCAUUCAAGGUUUGAUGCGUAAAGAAGAACAUUAGGCUAGGUUAGAAAAUGAUAAUACCACAGAAGGCAAUUCAAUGCAUCGUAAUAGUUUCACUACGUUCAAACACGAGCACAGUGAGCAGCAGCAGUGUAAUGUAAUGUACCAAAGUUCCUUGCUAAACGACCAACCAAACUCACACACAACACUCUUACACGCCUAUUUGCGCCUCUCGUUUCAAACUGGCAGCUUUACGGAUCGGAGAACAGAAGGAUGGAUUCCUUUCGACUGGGAUCAGGAUCGGGGAUCCGAGUGAUCCUUUCCCUUCUAAUGCUGAGGCUAUUCUGUGAUCUCGUUAACCUAGUGAAGAGCAUUAUUUCAUUACCGAAGACACACACACACACACACACACACGCACUCAAAUUUCCACAGCUUUUUUAUGCCACACCUAGAAACCGGAAGGAAAUCGCAAUCAAUUUCCCGAAUUGUCUAUUACACUUUUUCAAAGCAAAAAACCCCUACGGUGGAGUACAAGCACCGAGGGAAGGGGUUUUAAUGCAAGAUUCUGCCUUCGAUAAUUCGGACGUUCGGACCAAAGUUAGUUUAAGUCGCUGCUUCCAUCACGCAAAUAAGCCAGCUAGAUAGCACGGUUAGGAGUUUUUGUGUGUGUUUUUUUUUGCGUUACUGGACGAUGAAACGAUCACUUUUGGCCUUAAAACGAGUGCAGUAGCAAACGUUCCACGCGUGCUUUUAAUUUACUUCCGUUUUCUCACUUCGCCCCAUCCGUCGCUUUCCAGCAUCACCAAAGCACCGAUCGUGAUGGGUGGUGUGAAGUUUUCGAUGUUAUACUCCAGUAGCUAGUGUGAAUAGUAUCAUGAUUUCGUUUCGGAUUUCAUAAUUCUUAUAGGCUUAUAGGACCCUCAAGCAGGGAGAUUUAAAUUUGCCAACUGCACCUUCAAAAUAGCUCACAUAAAAUGCAACAUUAAGCGAAGCGUGGUACAAACAUCGAGCGGAAAGUCUGAAAGUCGGUAGCAAGAACAAGCAAAGCAAAAACCAAAUUGGGGGAUGGAAAACGCUCAACCGUAGGAUAUUUUGCUACUAUUAUUUCUAGCCCUCAAUAGGAUGGUUUUUAGAAAUUCUUUCACAAAGCACCAAAACACUCAACAACUCAUUCCUACUGAAAGUAAGUGAAGAAAAGGGAAAAGGAAAUAAAAUAGAAGGAAAAGGAAAAAAACAGAAGAAAGAAACCAUUAAAACCCGUAAAGAACACGCAAAACCAAUCUAUGAAUGUAAUGAACACUAACCUAAAAACGCUGAAACCAAGUGCUUAUUUUGCAUCAUUUGACAUAUCAAAAACGUAGUGAAGCAGCGGACGCCAGAGAAUGAAAAUGCUAGUGAAAUUGGUAAACCAACCAACAAAACAAACAAACAAACAAACAAAUGGAAGGUGAAAAGGUGGUAAAAACGGAAAGGAAUGUUUAAAACAUUAAAAUCCGAGCAAAGAUAUUAACAAAUUAGCUAAACAAACUAAGCAAGAAGAACAAACAAAAAAGGAAGAGUAUAAAGAAAAACAGCAACUACUACUGAACGCCACUCUAAAACAAUCUAUCGCUUGAAUGCCUUUCAAACCUAUCGUAAUAAUUCAUAACUACAGUGGUGGUGGUGGUGUUGUACAUGGAAGAUGUACAUGGAAGCAUAAGAAAGGCCACGAUGCACGAUCAGGUACGAUCGUCUGUCCCAUCAUGAUUGCAAUGAGAGAUUCAUUUAAAACACUCACCGUCUGCUCAACGAGUAAAAUUCAUCAUUGUCUCUCACUACUAGUUGUUGUCUUACACGCCGUAAAGUACGCCUAGUGAACGUAACUAUUCUAAACUAAUUCUAAACACUGUCACACAACCACACGCGACUAGUUUUAGCAACAGAGAUAAGGAGAAGGAAGAAAAAACGGAUGGUAAAUACAGUUGAGGCAAUUUUCCAUCGAGGAAAUUGUUGUCUUGCUGUUAAAUUACGUUUAAAAAAACACCACAUUUACUACAUCCAACCUCACCUACUUUCCAUGAGAUGAAAAAGCAAGUCCAAAGCAAAAGCGAGUUCGAAAAACCAAACCCAAAAAGACAUUAACGAAUAAUAAUGCUUAUGCAUACAUAUAUAUAGAUAUAAAUAUAGGGAAACACACACACACACUCGAAACCAACAUUUGAACAAUUACUGUACGUAUGUAAAAAGUAUUUAAUGCAGAGUCGGAAGAGCUACGAAACUAAUGCCGCAUCCGAUCUUCGAAACGGAUGGUUGAAGGGAGAGGAGGUAUAUUUUUUAAAGUUUAUCAUAAGUAUGUAACACUACUCCUUCUAACACACACACGUUAAGUCACACAAACACACACGUGUUGCACACAAGACACACUGGAAAACUCUACCCCCAAAUUAAAUUUAAAAUCACUUACUUUACUCUGCUCGAUCGUUCACUAGAAUACUUCUUGUUUAAGCUACUUAACGUUUUUUUCUCUCUCUCUCUCUCUCUCCCUCUCAAGUUUUCCUUUCCUUUUCUUUCCCAUUUUCCGAUUCGCUUUUUUACAAAAAACUUUGCUUCCCUUUUCUUUCACUAUGGUUAAGAAAAAGCGCUCUCUAACCCCGACAGCAGUGCACACCACAAACACAAAGAAACACAUCCAGUCGAAAGAGGAAAAAAAACCAAACUCCCAUAAGCAAAACAAAAACCAUCCUGUACAAGCAUACGGUUUAACUAAUGAAUAUAGUAAACGAAACAAAAAAAAACAAACAGCUCAGCUAAGAUUGUGAUUUACCAAAAUACGUUGACGACGACCCCUCGAGACGAUGCAGCGUGCGGGUGCGACUGCUAUAGUGACUGUCGUGCAACAUCGAGCAACGCGCGGCUUUGAACGUUAACUAGUGGAAGCCGGCGGCUUUCAAACCCCAACCAAAGAAAACAAAACAAACAAAAAAAGCAAGCAAUCGGGCGUGGUGUGAAAACGUUGAACCGUCAGCAGCCAGCCAGCCUCAUGUCAUGAAAUAGAUAAAUUAAUUGCAUAAAAUUAGCAAGACAGAAACGGAAACUGCUGGUGGUAAAAUUUAAUACAAUUGAGCAAAACAGACAGGCGGAAAGCAAAGAGAGAGAGAGAGGGGAAGAGAAAAAAAAGCAACACAGCAAGAAAAGUAACUUAAAAUGAUAGAUCAAACUACUGGAGUGUGUAAAGCAAAGCAAAGCAACACACAGUAGAUUGUUUCCCAGUAGGCUUUGCUUUAAUUUAAAUUUCUUUAUUUAACGGAAAUUAGAUAAAUCAUCAUUUCUUUGCCAGUGCAAAAGAUGAAAGUAAUAAGAAAACAGAAGAAAUUUCCCUUCUUUUCAAAAUUUUGCUCAUAUUUUAAUUUAUUUUCUCAAAUUUGCUUCAGAUAAAACAUAAGCACAAACGGCUAAGAUACAUUUUGAGCGAAUCGGCUGACAGACAGACAACAAGAAAAAAAACGAACAAAUUUAAAAGCAAUUCAGGGUAAAAGGUUUUAUACGAAAUUACGAACAAAACAGUCAAAUUCUGCAGACGGGCAAACAGCGAACACACACAAAAUCCACGCAUCCCGUUACCGCAUAUUACUACCAGUUGUACAGUUUAGUAAAGGGUAACCCGAAAUAAGGCAAAACAAAAAACGCUCAAGCUGUUUCUAACGGCAACAGAGCAAAAGAGUUGUUAAUAGUGUAGUAGUCGAAGUAGAAGUAGUAGCUAAUGGUUGAAGCGCAUCACGCAUCACGUUGCGCAUCGUUGCAACAAGUUGAAAUGCAAGCGACACGUGCCACAUCGAUACUGCUUCGGAUGCAACAUGCGAGUGUGUGUGCAACAAUUUCGCGUAGGUAAAGCCAUACAUUUCCAAACCCUCAAAACGACACUAAUCACAAAUUUAUACACACACACACCAAGAAACUUCAAAUAAGAAUCGAUUUUGCUAGUUUAAUGCACCAUUUAAUGUCCCGGAAGGGUGGGGCAAAUCAGAAUCAAUUACAAAGCCAUAAUUCUAACACCUUCACACACACACACACCUACACAUACACAACACACAAUGAAAAUGUACUAACAAAAAACAACUAACGUUCGAACAAUAUGGGUAAUAAGUAAGUGUGCGUAGAUGGGUGCGACGCCGUACGCAGCAAGCGCGCCGUAUCUUUAAACGCAAACGCAAAGUAAACCAGAGAAGUUGUAGGGGGGAGGGGGGGAAGGGGGUUUCUUUUUUGUAACAAGGGGAAGUGGAGGGUGGGAACAACCAAUUAUAACGCAAAAGAGGAAAGAAAAAGAAACAAAUAAAACUUUGCUAUGUAGAAACAUACAACAAACAAGCUUAGGAAGGAGAAAAACAAGAAGAGAAAAAACACAAAAAAUAACGCAAUUAAAACGCAACACUAAGGAAAAAGGGAAACGAAAGCAAACAGCAGAGGAAACAAAAGAGCUAAGCUUCAAAACCUAAGCACAUACACAGGAAAAAUAGGAUUGAAAAGGAAAACAAGUGAAAGAAAAACACAAGAAAAAGGAUAAAUUAACAAAUUAAUGCUUGCAUAAGCAAAGAACAGAGCAAAAGCAACAAAGAAGAAAACACACAAACACAUAAAAGGCAUACAAAACUUUGCAAAUCAUACCACACAACAAGAUGUAAAAAGAAAAAGUAAGAAACAAGGGCAAGAACAAAUCACAAGCUAAAGUACACAGCAGAACUCCAGGUCAGGUUGAAAACGCAAAACAAGGGAAAUAGAAAACAAAACUAAAUGCCGUCAGCUCCUACUCUUACUAGCGAUCGCGUGCUAUGAUUUUUUUAUACAUAAAAUAUAUAUAUAUACACACCAAUAUAUAUGUAUAUGUACACAUAUACAUACCUAUAUCAUAGUGUAAUUACCUGUUCAAAACCCUCCCUUUUCGGGCCGGUUUAGGCUUGGUUUAGGAACACAGCAGGCAAAGGAAAAUUGCAAUAACACAAGCCAAGCAUCCGGAAAAAGGGAGUGAAAGAGAAGGCUUUUGUCUGCACAGUUAGUAACAAAAAUGUAAAACAAAAACAAAUCUCUCCACAAUGACUAGAAGAAGGGUGACGCUAUGCAAAACCACACUAAAAGUGUGCCGAACAGAAGAAGAAAACAUAACAACACAAUUUUGCAGUAAAGAAAUAGGUCGCUUCUCGUGCACAGUUCACUAAGUUGUAAAGUAAUUUAAUCUUAAAAACACACGGAUUUUUUCUCCUCCUUUUAUCUAUUUCAUUGCCUUCUCUUGUGUGCUCUUUCGACUACUUUUGAUCGCUUUUUUAUCACUCUUGUUGUACUACCGUUUCUUAACAACUACAAAUGAAACCUGGACCUGAUCAGAACGCACGAUCUUUUACUCCUUUUACAAUGUGAUACACACCACUUACACAUAUUUACAACAACAAAAAAAGAAGAGAAAACCACCCCGUGACAAAGCAAAAACCCCACAACCGAUCGACUCGUCAGCCUGAAACAACAAACCGAAAAAACCACGUUCAAUCCACACAAUCAGUUUUGCGAUCGUCCGCAGCGAUGACUGUGUUUGGUUAUUAUUGGAUAAGUUUAGGCCGCUUAAACUUUUUGACAGCAACAUUUUUACUACCAUUUAUCGAAACACUAAAAAAAGCACACUGUAAACUGACUAGCUGGAAGAACAAACGGAACUCAAGCAACCCGGUGUAAGGAUAGCGAGUAAUGAGCGCGUUACCGUUGCUGUGAGUGACGACGAGCGGCGCGUAAGCAUGAUAUCGAUAUAGCAAUUGCAAAGCAGUUACGAAACUUAAUACAAAGCGAAAGUAAAAUUAAAACAAAACAAAUACAAACCAACGUAGUAGCACUAAGCUGAACAAGCAUGAUGCAAGAAAAAAAAGGCAAGUAAGCGCAUAAGCAACAGCAACAAACCAAUUGGCAAAAGGAAGCAAGAAAAAAAACACAACUUAAAAAUGCAAACGUUUCUAUAAGUGCGCUACAGUGUAUAGCGAAGGCAGAACAAACAAAACUUUGACCUGGGAGAAAGGAAAACCGAUGGGUUCUAGAAGUAGAAGAAGAAAACAUUUAAUGUUUAAUGAGGGAAAAAUGGAACUUAAAAGCAAGAGAGAGAUGAGACAGAUGGUGAAAGGAAGGAAAAACGGAACAGCAGUAGCAAAGCGGUGGAAGCAAAGAAACGAGAAAACGAAAAAUUAUAUAUAUAUACACAAAAUAUACAUAUACAUAAACGGUAUAUCUAUAUAUAUAUAUAUAUACGGAAGAGGACGCAAAGGCAGACAAAAAAAAAGGCGGCAAGUGGAAGUUGAGGACAAAGCAAGACAAAACAAAGCAAAACAAAGCAAACAAACAAAAACCAAAAAGUGCGGCCCCAGAGGAAAAGAAAACGCAAAAUGUUGUACGUCACGUUAUGUUUUUAAUUUUAUGAUCCUAAAUAAACGAUUUUUUGAUUGAAAUAAUAAAAAACCAAAAAAAA